AUGCCUCACGCUUUUAGUAGCCCAAGGGUCAUCGAACCCCACUUCCUCCGCAAUGCCAUUGAUGUCUUGAUCAUUGGGACAGGACAUGCCAGUCUUUCGGCAGCUCUGGCCUUGGGUCGUGCAUGUCGCAGCGCAUCCAUCUUCUAUUCGGACGAGUACAGCAGGCCCGCACGGUCCGAUCUGCAUGCUGAUGGUGGGAACCUUACGUCCGUUCAGACUGGUAUGAUAGCCGAGCUAAAGACCAGCUUCAAGACUUUACUUUUUGCCAACACAGUGGCCAGGUCUAUUCACGAGACUGGUGUGAUCUUCGAGGUGGUGGACAGGGCCGGUCAGUGCUGGAAAGGGAGAAAGGUCAUACUUGCUACUGGCUGUCACAAAUCUCUCCCCGAGAUACCAGGCUAUAAAGAUCUAUGGGGAACCACAAUGUGA